AUGAUCCUGAUUGAUAUUUGUCCGUUUGAAACUUCGUAUGUUUUCAAGACGCAGAUUGGAUUUGUCGGUGCUACCGGGGAACAACUUGCUCCAGGCGCUGUGCCUCAACAACCUGUCCUGGCAGCAGGUCUGGCCCCAUCUGCCCAUGGUCUCUCUUCGCUUCAGGGACAUCAUCUGAAUAAUAUGGUUGCCGCCAUACAGAAGAUGCAAAAUCCAUUGUUCCAGCAAGCUCAGAAUGUCACUUUCAUGCAGAACUCGCCAGGUACCACACAAGGAACGCCUCAACUUGGGCCACUGGAUGUUGCAGGUAUGUUCACAGACCGCUUUGGCGCAGUGGCAGUGGUGCCUGCGUCAAGGGACAGUGUAUCGGUUCGAAUCCUGCAGUUAACAUACCUCUCCAGUAGUGUUGCGUGA